GAGCGGCAGCAGAGGAGUGCUCAGAAAACCGGAAAUCGUAAAAGAAGUAGUGGUCCCAACAUAACACAAACCAUCUACAUGUGGAGUUGUGGACGAGCAUCUGGUAGAGUGUUAAAGAAGAAAGCUUUGUUAAAUCGGUUUGUUUUAGGUGAACAUGGACGACGAGCAUACGGCCGGGUACAGGGAGCCGUGCACUCAGUGUGCAGCCGUGGACUGGGGGGUUUCAGACGAAGGUCGAUUCUACUGCAGGUCCUGCCACAAUGUCAUUGAGAGAACCAGAGAGGUGGUGGACCUGACCUUCACUCCCGGCUCCAGCAGGAUCACCACCAUCAGCAGAGGAAGAAGAACCAAGAGGCCUGAGCAAGGUCGCCUGUGGAUGAUCUGUGAAGGUUUCCAGUUCAUCCUGAGGAACCAGGCCAAUGCUCUGCUCAAACUGGGAGUCCGCCCACACUUUAAGGACGAGGUGUUGUGGCCGCUGUGGAGACUGUACCUGCAGAGGAGUGGCCAGGCCUACACCAACAACCCAGUGAGGAGCUGCGUGUUUAAAAUGCGGGGGCCGGACUCAGACAGUGUCAUGUCUGCCAGUGAGACCGACGGAGAGACAAACCCGUCCAGCACCGUUGGAUCUAAUGCAGAGAGCUCCAGUGACUGGUCGCUGCGCUCGGGCUCGGUGGAUGUCACCACCUACCUGACGGCUCGGCUGCGGCGUGGCCGUGGUCUGAUGAACAUGAAAAAGUGUCUGGCUCUGAUCCACCUGGCUCUGAUCUGGAGCUGCGAGCCACUGACGCUCAGUGACCUGCUCAGGUUGGUGAAUGAAGGCCACAUCCCGUAUGUGAACGCGUACGAGGAACUUCCUGACGAGAUGAAGCUCGAUGGCAGAGAUGGCCUCAUCUUCAGAGUCGAGAGCAUCCCGUCCCACCGGGUGAUGCACAGGGAGGCACAGACUCUGCUUCUCUUCCUGCAGCUUCCUGCUUUUCCUCCAAUCAGCCGACAGAGUCUGCUGCACCCGGCGCUGCUCAGCCUGCGCUACCUGACCGACGCCAACCUGCCCGACGAGCUCCACCCGUGGGUGUGCCAGCUGAUGGAACUUGCUGGUAUGGCAGAUGAGACGCUCCACACGUUGGACGCUGCGUCUUGCCGCGUGCUGCCUCGCUACGAUGUCCAGACUGCCGCCAUCAUCGUCAUCACCAUGAAGCUGAUGUUCGGCCUGGACGACCACACUGAGUGGGAUUUGUCCAAUGAAGCCGGGGACCACGACGACUCAGGAAACAUGUUUAACCUGAGGAGGUGGUACAGACUGACGCAGGCCGCUCUGACCAGAGCUCAGCAGAGGAGAGCGCGUGACAUCGCCAGGAAGCAGUGGAAGGCGAAGAAACCUCUCUAUCCGAGCAGGUUGGAGAAAGCAGUGAUGAUGAAGAAGAAAAGAACCGCGGAGCUGGUACAGGCCUGUUUUGAGAAGCUGUCUUCCUGUCCGGCGGGGGUCCAGCGCUCCAACAUGUCCAGCUUCAGGUUCUGUUGGGGGGACGAGGACGGAGCCGACGGGCCCAGUCUGCACCACAAGAAGCUGGAUGGAGUCGUGACCCUGAAAAAAAAAGUCCUGAGCCCAUCUAACUCGAUGUACUGGCACCCGGCACUCACACGCUGUCACCCCCGGGUAUGCAGGAGUCACUACUCGGAGGUGGAGGCAAUUCUGCCGCGGUCGUUUGUCUGGCUGCUGGAGCUCUUCUCCUUCCUGCUGGACGUGAAGCCAGCCUAUCUGUACGAGGAGGUGCUGAGGGUGGAGAGACGAGUCUUCGGCAGCAAAGCACCCAGAGACGGACACACGAGGAGGCCUGAGACAAGGACCAAGACGUCGACCUCAGCCAGGAGACGCACAGGAAACGGGAGAAAUGAUGUGAAAAACCUGCCCCCAAAGUCAUAAACAA